AUGGCGCGCAGGCGUCACGGCUGCAGGGUUUCGCCCCCAACGUCGUGUUGCAUACUCCUUUUAGUAGCGGCAUUGUUAACAGUUUUCUGUAACCGAUCUGCCUCCGCGAUCGACGGAAUCGCGAUUUCUCCUCUCGACUCCCUCUCCUCCUACUCCAAUCUAGCGUUGCUGGAUACGCGAUUCGAGCUCUACUGGACCGUUAACAGUAGCGACGCGACGAUCCACAUGGCAGUGAAUGCCAAAACGAAGGGAUGGUUCGGUGUAGGCAUUUCCGAGGUUGGCUCCAUGGUGGGCUCAGAUGCCCUCGUCGCAUGGGUCGAACAGUCCGAAGCCCGCGCGUAUGCGACGGAUCGGUUCAUUUUCAACAAGACGACCGAAGGAAUCGCACUCGACGACAAGCAGGACUGGCACGUGCUGGGCGGCAGCCAGACCACGAACCAAUCCACGGGCGACACGUGGACCACUGUGCACGUGUGGCGCCAGCUGGACACGGGCGAUUGCAACGACCGCCCGAUUGUUCCCGGGAAGCUUCACAACAUUAUCUGGGCGAUGGGCGCCAAUACUGACGUCAGCUAUCACAGCGCCGACCGCGGCUCUUCCGCCCUCGUGCUCGCGCCUGCUCCCGGCCCCUCCAUCGUCGCGCCUGCGCCUCCCCCCUCCGCCUCCUCCUCCGCGUCCGCUGCGUCUCUGGCUGCGCCGCAGCAGGCAGGGAAGCAGCAGCCGGCGCAGCAGGCGCAGCAGCAGCAGGAGAGCAUGCUGAAUUUCACGUUCACGAAUUACCGCCUGCCAACGGACUUCACCACCUAUCGCUGCAAGCUGUGGGCUGUGGUCUCAAAUACACCUGGUGAUCUCUCCUCCCCCCCACAACUGCCCCCCUACAGCAAGGAGUACGGCAAUCUCAAGGGUGCAGGGGCGGACUUUGAUUGUCUGCACGACACGCCGUGUGGCACCACUGUCGCUGUGUGGGCUGUGGGCGGCAGACCCUUCACCUUCCCACCCAAUGUCGGCUAUCCCAUUGGCCCGGGCUACUUCACCAAGUUCGUCCUGCAGACCAUUCACCUUCCCGCCCAAUGUCGGCUACCCCAUCGGCCCGGGCUACUUCACCAAAUUCGUGCUGCAGCCUCGUUUUCGAGGCCCCUUAGAAGCCUUUCCCUUCCAAGAUUCCUCCCCUCCCCUCACACUCCUGCCCCGCGCACAAAAGCCUUGUGUCCUUCUCUUUCCCUCCCUCUACCCCCACCACCACACCCUCAGGUGCAUUUCACCAAUCCCAAGGGCCGCGCUGAUCUCAUCGACAACUCGGGGCUCUGCCUGAAGCUGGCGCCCUCCCUCCGUCCCAUGGACGCGUCCAUCAUGCUCACGGGGCCCGUCCAUUUCACCAAUCCCAAGUGCCGCUCAGACCUCAUUGACAACUCUGGCCUGUACCUGAAGCUCGCCCCAUCGCUCCGCCCCAUGGACGCGUCCAUCAUGCUGACGGGUCCCGUGCCGUACGAGUACCUCAUCAAGAUCCCCCCCGCCAUGCCCUCGUGGACUCAAGUCAGCACGUGCCCGGGCGAGUGCACGUCGAAGGUGUUUGGGAAUGAGAGCGUGAAGAUCAUUGGAUCGUUCCUGCACCUGCACACACUUGGGCGACAGCACGUGCCCUAUGAGUACCUCAUCAAGAUCCCCCCCGCCAUGCCCUCGUGGACUCAAGUCAGCACGUGCCCGGGCGAGUGCAGUGCCAAGGUGUUUGGCAACGAGAGCGUGAAGAUCAUUGGGUCCUUCCUGCACCUGCACACUCUUGGGAGGCAGGUGAGAGUUUAG